AUGGCUGAUGGCAAGGUUGUGGAUCCCCCACCCGCAGACGAACCUGUGGCCAUGGACCAGGAGCCAGGGGUAUGGUACGAGGAUCCCGAGCCAAUGGCCGAGGAGGUUGAACAGGAGCCGGAGCCCAUGGAUCAAGACCCGGAUGAGGACGGAGAGGUUGCUGAGCUAGGAUCUGAUGAGGAGGUAGUGUCCGAGGAGGAGUUAGAUCUGUAUUUGGACCUGGAGCUUGAGAUAGACUCAGAGGAUGAGUGGGCUGCAGCGCAGGAGAUGGAGUCCGAGGAGUCUGAGCCCCCUGAGAGUUCUUCAGGGGAGUCGUCGGGGGAUAUACCCAAGAACAUAACAGGUUGCACAAACCUUAUUGGCAUUGGGUUGCAGAGUAACCGACUGACUGGACAAGUUCCUAGAGAGCGCGGUAGGCUGUUGAAGCUUCAGCGUCUCGUUUUAAUGGUGAACAAUUUGUCAGGAAGCAUACCUCCAAGCAUUGGCAACUUAUCAUCACUCGAGGAUCUUUAUCUCACUUAUAACUACUUAAGUGGGAGCAUUCCUGGGGCUCUUGGCCAACUAGCCAAACCAGACACUUACUUUGGGAUUCAACAUGCUUUCCGUCUUUCAGGUACAAUCCCAUUUGACCUGAAAAAUCUUCGAAAUCUUACGUAUUUGAAUCUCUCGGACAACAAGUUGUCCGGGGUAAUUCCAUCCUUUUUGCACAAUCUAAGCAAAUUGAUUUAUCUGUAUCUUGCUGGGAAUAACUUUCAAGGGCGCAUUCCUUCGCAUCUAGAUAAGCGUCAAAGAUUGAUGUCGCUUGAUCUUUCUAGUAACAAUCUCAGCGGUUCCGUAAUCCCGGUGGUCACAAGUCUCUUCUUUUUGAACUUACCCCACAACCUUCUGACUGGGGCCCUUCCCAAGGAAAUAGGAGAAAUGAAGAACUUAAAUUAUAUGGACUUGUCAGGUAACAUGUUAGAUGGUGAGAUACCAAGCAGUCUGGGAAAUUGCGAUGUACUCGUACUAUUAAGAUUGCAGGACAACCUCUUCGAAGGGUCCAUUCCUCAAUCCAUUAGUUCAUUAAGAGGCAUCAAAGUACUUGAUCUUUCAUGCAAUAAUUUAUCUGGUGGGAUUCCAAGGUUCUUCGAGGCAUUUGAUUUGGAAUAUGCAAAUUUUUCUUUUAACAAUUUUGAGGGCUCUCUACCCACUGAAGGAGUCUUUCAGAAUGCUAGUGCCGCAUUUGUCAUAGGAAACGAGAUGCUCUGUGGAGGAAUUCCUGAAUUUCAUCUCCCUGAGUGCAUCUCCGGAAACUCCAAGAGCAAGCGGCUAGUCCAUAUACUGAUACUUUCCAUCUCUAUCCCUUUUGGGCUUCUGGGAAUAGCUCUUCUUCUUGCUUUUUUGUACUCAUGUUGGUUGAAGGAGAAAAAAAAAGAGCCUAUUUCGAGCCCCGUAGGUGGUACAUGGCAGAAUCUAUCUUAUGGAAUUCUCCUUAAAGCAACAAAUGGAUUUUCUUCAACUAAUUUGAUUGGUAUCGGUAGUUUUGGGUCUGUUUACAAGGGUACACUCGAGAAUGGAACGGUUGUCGCUGUGAAAGUGCUGAAUUUAACGCGCCGUGAUGCAUUGAAGAGUUUCAUGGCUGAAUGCAAGGCUCUAAAGCACAUUAGACACCGGAAUCUUUUGAAAAUAUUAUCAGUAUGCUCAAGCAUUGAUUAUUACGGUAAUGAGUUUAAGCUUUAG